CAGAGUGAGAGUAUUAGAGCAUCAGUUUAGGAGCCUCUUUAUUUACCCUUAGUUUAGUUUAGAUGUAGGCAUUCCCUGGGACGCAUAAAUCGGAUGGUAUAAAUUGGAUUUGUGCGCAAAUGGCAAACGCUUACGCUCUGAGAUAUCACUUAUAACCCGAUUUUCAGGAAAUAUAUGAGCUAAAUUAUGCUUUUCUCAAAGGGCACUACGGCAAGACUUUGCGUGGUGUCCAAGGCACUCACUGGUAUUUGAGUUGUUUUAUUUAUUUAUUUUACCCGGACAGUUUUUUUAGGGGUGGGGGUAAUUUCCCUCAAAGUUCUCAAAAUUUCUUGCUGUGGAGGGAGCGACAAAGGGGUUAAAGAGCGUAAAGCGGGGGAAAGUGAAUCAGUAUGGAAGAAAAUGAUCACGGCAAUAGAGAUGCGGUGGAGCGGCAGGAUUCAGCGGAUGAAUCCAACAGAGCUAUCCUGCCCCUGUUACAGGCGCCGGGGAACCCGCAGAUCCCGCAUCGGGUCACCAAUUUCUUCAUCGACAACAUCCUGCGACCGGACUUCGGACGGAAGAAGGAUGCGGGCGCGCACCGAGAGGAGAGCAUCCAGGCGUCGCGGGAGAGCCGCGGCAGCCCCGCCGCCCCUCAGACCGAACCAGUGGGCAGCACGGUGCCGGCGGAGGGGACCUCCACUCCACACACUGUCACCAGCACCAAGAAGCCCGCGAAAGCUACAGAUGAGUCCCCAAAACCCGGUGGGGAGAACGGAGACCAGUGCCUAAGCUCAGAUUCAGACAGUUCCCAAGCCAGCUCGAACCCAUCCAUGUCGCAGCCCAUGCUGUGGCCAGCCUGGGUCUACUGCACCCGAUACUCGGACAGGCCUUCUUCAGGGCCAAGAUCUCGCAAACCAAAGAAGAAAACAACCAGCAAAGAGGACAAGCGACCACGGACGGCCUUCACAGCGGAGCAGCUGCAGAGACUAAAGUCGGAGUUCCAGACCAACCGGUACCUGACGGAGCAGAGGCGGCAGAACCUGGCCCAGGAGCUCGGUCUGAACGAAUCCCAGAUCAAGAUCUGGUUCCAGAACAAGAGAGCCAAGAUCAAGAAGGCCAGCGGCACUAAGAACACUCUGGCCUUGCACCUGAUGGCGCAGGGACUGUACAAUCACGCCACCGUCACUUCGAAGGACGAGAAAUCAGACAGCGAUUGAUUCCCAGAGAAGCAGCAGCCUCCUGACGAAAAGGAACCUAUAGUAAUCCUAUGAUAGAUUUAUAUAGAGAUUAAAACUCUACUUACAGGAAUAUUUAAUGCUACCACUGCAGAUACUUUAACUACCACUCACUAUGGAUGUACACAAUGCCUCCAAGACACCAUUACGCAUAAAGGAGUCCCUAUUUCUAACCCCACCAUAGGCCUCUGUAGGUUUCUAUGGGAAUAUUAUAGUGAUUUUUUCGUUAUAAGGGAGGUAUAAUUAAGCCUACAAUGCAAUAAAAUGAUCGAAUAAAGGGCCAAUGUAUAGCCUAUACCAGCAUAAAUUGUUUAACAAAAAAACAGAGAAAAACAGAGAGAUAUUUCUGCAAUAUCACGUCUAUAAAAGAUGUAUAAAGGUACGUUUUCAUUGUUUUUCUCGUCCCCGCCCCCUUCCUGGGGCUACAAACGCUCUCCAUUUUUAUAAGCCGUAUAAGGAUUACUGCUAUCCAUGAUUGUCAUCGCGUUACAUUUUAUCUAACUGGCACUUGACGUUUUUAACCUGUCAGUAAAGUGGAAAAUUAAUAAAAAGAAAAAGGAAAAAAAAAGAAAAACUGAAGUCCAAAGAAUAUUUUUCUGCUGCAUCCAGGCUACUGUGAAUUUAAAUAUGCUAACAAGGUUUUUCUAAUGCCAUGCUCGCUUGUUUUUUUUCUUUUCUUUUUUUCUUUUGUUGUUGAUGUUUUUCUGCGUGUAAAAAAGGAUAGGUAAAUUUGUUAGGGCUAAUUGGGCACUGCUUUAUUUUUCAGUUUUACUCCCCUCCCCUAACAUUGCUGGAGUUUGCUGGAAGUGACCAGUGGCGGUUCUUGUAGAAAUGGAACCCUGGGCAAGCCCCUUCUUAGACCACCCCAUGCAUAAAAAAAAAAUCCACAUCCAAAAUCUUUUCUGCAAAAAAACAAACUCUUAUCAAUUUCUUUGCUAUUAUUUUUCAUAAGACAAAGAAUCAAAAGGGUACCAAUUUAUAGGCUAUUAAUAAGAACAUAUUUUUUAUUCCUUGAUUGGCUCUGAUAAAGGUGAUAGCUUUUGAUCUUGGUUUGACAAAUAUCAAAUCUCAAUGUUAGCAAUAUAUUCUAUGAUACAUAAAUUGUUACUCUUUAAUUUCAAAAUUUUCUAUUUGAAUCAAAAAUAUGUCUAUUAAAAACAAACCCACACAAAAUAGUUUUGCCUUUUUAAUGUGCUUUAAAUCCUUUACAUAAAAUAAUUGAAAUACAUCAAAUCUUAAUCAGCAACUCAGACCUCAAAGGAAAAGUGCUAUCGGAAAAAGUGACCGAUGAAUCUCCACUGCGAAUCUCUUUUCUUCACCAGAGAUAGUCACUUCAAAUAAAAAAACAACAAAAAAAGCCUAGGAUUGACCAAGUAGCAUACUGUGGUUUGCAUCAUUGCCUCAGUUUAAGCUGUUUUCUGUCUCUCUUCUUUCUAUCAUGGCAGCCCCCUAGACCAUGCUGCCCUGGGGAGAUGACCAUAAUUCAAAAACCGCCACUGGAAUUGACAGGGUACAAAUAGGUUUUACUUAUUUCUCUUUUUUUUAACCAACACAGAAAGCUAGGCCUUGCUUUUAUGAUUACUAUGGUCGUGUCUCAGCCUUUAAACAAAUGUGUGUGCGCUCUUCAUUUUAUGCCAAUGCAUCAGUGCAGCUAUUAUAGUUUUAAAUAGCAAUAUAAAUCCUUUCUGUAGCUAAAAAAAGGCUAUAAUGCUGCCUUUUGAGUCACAGAAACAACUCUGUAGCAUAAAGACAAUGAUGAAAACCAUUUCUGCGCACUCUUUAGACUUUUACAUGCAGAAUGUUGGAUGUUCUUGGUAAAUCUUUCUCUAUUUACAUUUUUAUUACAUAUAUCAUAAAAAGAAGGGAACUCCAUCAGUGACUGUAAUACAAAUGUUGGAAAUCUCUUAUUGUUGUUGAAAGGACUUCAUAUGUGUAUUUAUAUAGAUUAUAUUCAGAAAAAAAUCUAUCCAAUGACCAGUGUUGCUUUAGAGUAGAUAUCUGAGGUGUUUACACUGCUUGUUUAUCUUGCAAUAACUUCUUUUUGUUUUUUUCGUUUUUUGUUCUUUUCAUUGUGAAUGGAAAAAAAAAGUUUAUGGGGCCUUUUUUGCAUGGAAGCUGCAAUUUGUUGUACUUUGGGCAAAAACAACUGUGUUUCUUAACUUUGGUCUAUAUCAACAAAAAAGUAUGAUCGAGUUUCAGAUUGUAUCCAUACCAAAUUGUGAACUUUUUUUGCCUUUUUCAAUGUGUUUUUUUUUUCCUUUUUGUUGUGCAUCUGCAAAAAGUGUGUAUGAAUUUAAAAAAAAAGAAAGAAAAUCCACCAAACAGAAACACACUUUGCCUUAAAAAGUUCAAGUGGAACUUUUUUUUUCCUGAAACAGAACUGUGCCGAAUCAGAAAAGCAGUGUUACUUCAAAUGCAGACUUGCUCAAGUUUUAAUGCCUUUAUGAGAACUGCUGGUACGACAUUAUGAAUUUACUCAUCAGCGUAUAUCUAUAUAUGAACAUGUUUAAAUGAAAUUACAACACAGAGUUGUAGAAUACAAUGCUAUUUUUUAUUUUAUGUUGGAAGUAUUCUUGGUAUAUAUGUACAUAAUUUGUAUCAUGUAUUAAUUGUGUAAUUAACUGCCUCCUGAACAGCCGCAAAAGAAGAGUAAAUAAAACCUUGGAGAUUAUACAUGA